AUGAGGUCGCAGUCGCACUGCGAGGGGUCCGCGGCGCGCGCCGAGGUCACGGGGUGGUCACUCCUCCUGGGGGGCACUGAGCACGUGGGCACGUGGGUUCGAACCCUGUUCGUGAGCGGUCUCCCCAUGGACACGCACCCUCGCGAACUCUACCUGCUCUUCAGACCCUUCAAGGGAUACGAGGGGUCCCUCAUGAAGCCCACAACCAAGCAGCCCGUGGGCUUUGUGAUAUUCGACAACCGAGAGAACGCGGAGGCUGCCAUGAUCGAGUUGCACGGCAUGCGCUUUGACCCAGAGAGCCAGCACACGCUGCGGCUGGAGUUCGCCAAGGCGAACACGCGCGUCUCGAGGCAGCGUCUGAGCCCGCCAGGGCCUCUCGCGCUCCGUCUGCCGAUCCAGCUGGGACCCCAGUUCCUCACGCGGGACCCACAGGAGCUGCUGGGCCCCACGCUGGUCCCCGCCUCCAGGGACGCAUGGGGAGCGUUCCCCCCCUUCCAGCUGUUCGCCACGGACCUGAGCUCGUCCUUUCACGGGACCCCCUUGCCAGGGCUCUCCUACCCGGGUCUCGCUCCUCCUUGGCUGCAGAGCGCUCAGGCCGCUUGGGGGUCGCCUGCACCCCCAGGUGCAGCUGCGGCCACCCCCGGGGGGAGCAACGCGAGCGCGGGACACCGAUCCGAGGCCGCGAGAUCCCGGUUAUGGGGUUCCGCGAGUAUGGAAAACCCUACUCUCCCUUCACCGUGA